AUGAACGGCACAUCAAACCCCGCGGUCCGGUCGAAGCGCAAGGAGCCGCCGCAUGCCGUGGACGGUCGGCAUCCCAAGCACCACCGCCCCAACGGCGAUGCCUCCUCGGCCGGCGACGAUACCCCCGAGCGACCGGACGAGUUUGAAGGCGAAUUUGUGGACGAAUUCGAAGACGCGCGGUUGUCAGCCCUGUUGCCCACGGGACCCGACACGGCAGAGUGGCAGGCGACGAUUCAGAGUGUGGUGCGGAAUGUCGUGUCGAUUCGCUUCUGUCAGACUUGUUCUUUCGACACGGACCCGGCGUUGACGAGUGAGGCCACUGGGUUUGUGGUUGAUGCAGAGAAAGGGUACAUUCUAACCAACCGUCACGUCGUUGGCUCUGGCCCGUUCUGGGGCUACUGCAUCUUCGACAACCACGAGGAAGUCGACGCUUACCCCGUCUACCGCGACCCCGUUCACGACUUUGGCAUUCUCAAGUUCGAUCCCAAGGCCAUCAAAUACAUGCCCGUAGCCGCCCUGCCGCUGCGCCCCGACCUCGCCAAGGUCGGUAUCGAGAUUCGCGUGGUCGGCAACGACGCCGGCGAGAAGCUCAGUAUUUUGUCCGGUGUCAUUAGUCGGUUGGACCGCAACGCGCCAGAAUACGGCGAUGGGUACAGUGACUUCAACACGUGCUACUACCAGGCUAGCGCAGCCGCUAGCGGUGGUAGUUCAGGCUCGCCGGUCGUCGACAAGGAUGGAUUCGCUGUGGCGCUGCAAGCCGGUGGCCGUGCGGAUGGUGCCGCGACGGAUUACUUCCUACCGCUCGACCGGCCCCUCCGGGCGUUGAAGUGCCUGCAGGAGGGCAAGCCGAUCUCGCGCGGCGACAUCCAGUGCCAGUUCCUGCUCAAGCCGUUCGACGAGUGCCGCAGGCUGGGCCUGACGCCAGAGUGGGAGGCGCAGAUCCGCAAGGCGUUCCCCAAGGAGACCAACAUGCUGGUGGCCGAGAUCGUGCUGCCGGACGGCCCCUCGCACGGGAAGAUUGAGGAGGGUGACGUGUUGAUCAAGGUCAACGGCGAGCUGCUUACCCAGUUCAUUCGGUUGGAUGACGUCCUGGACUCCAGCGUCAAGCAGCCGGUCAAGCUACUUCUGCUUCGUGGUGGUGAGGAGGUCGAGGUGGAGAUUGAAGUCGGCGACCUGCACAGCAUCACCCCGGACCGCUUCGUCUCGGUGGCGGGAGGAAGCUUCCACAGCCUUUCGUACCAGCAGGCCCGUCUGUACGGUGUCGCCACGAAGGGCGUGUAUGUUUGCGAGGCUGGUGGGUCAUGGCGGUUCGAUAACUCCGAUAACGGCUGGCUCAUCCAAUCCGUCGACCAUAAGAAGACGCCGGACCUUGAGACCUUCAUCAACGUGGUUAAGGCGAUUCCGGACAAGGCCCGCGUAGUGGUGACCUACAAGCACCUGCGCGACUUGCACACUCUGAACACCACCGUCAUCUACAUCGACAGGCAUUGGUCCAAGAAGAUGAAGCUGGCGGUGCGCAACGACGAGACUGGCCUGUGGGAUUUCUCGACGCUGGCCGACUCGCUCCCGCCGGUGCCCCCCGUGCCGAGGAAGGCGGCGUUUAUCCAGCUCGAGCACACCUCGCACCCUGCCGUUGCUGACCUAGUCCGCAGCUUUGUGCACGUCAGUUGUACCAUGCCCGUGAAGCUCGACGGGUUUCCUAAGAAUCGCAAGUGGGGCAUGGGCGUGGUCAUUGACGCCGACAAGGGCCUCGUGGUAAUAUCGAGGGCCAUUGUACCGUACGAUCUCUGUGACAUCAGUAUCACCAUCGCCGACUCAGUCGUCGUCGAGGGUAAGGUCGUGUUCCUGCACCCGCUGCAGAAUUACGCCAUCAUCCAGUACGACCCCAAGCUCGUCGACGCCCCCGUGCUCAGCGCCAAGCUCAGCUCCGAGGAGAUCACGCAGGGCGCGUCGACGUACUUCAUCGGCUACAACCGCAUCGGGCGCAUCGUUCACGCGGCCACGACGGUGACUGAGAUCUUUGCCGUGACUAUCCCAGCCAACUCGGGCGCCCCGCGGUACCGCGCCCUCAACGUUGACGCGAUCACGGUCGACACGAGCCUGAGCGGCCAGUGUGGCAGCGGCGUCCUCGUGGCGCAAGACGGCACGGUGCAAGCACUCUGGCUAACAUACCUGGGCGAGCGUAACCCUUCGUCGCACCGCGACGAGGAGUACCACCUGGGCCUGGCAACCCCGUCGCUGCUGCCCGUCGUGCGGCAGAUUCAACAAGGGGUCAACCCCAAGUUGCGCAUGCUGUCGGUCGAGUUCCGCGCUAUCCAGAUGUCGCAGGCGCACCUGAUGGGCAUCUCGGAGGAAUGGAUCGCGCGCGUGUCGCAGGCCAACACACAGCAUCACCAGCUGUUCAUGGUGUCCAAGCGCACGUUUGAUCCUAACGAGCAGCCCGAGGGACAGCAACAAGAAGAAGCAAGGGACAACAGGAACGCUGCCACGCUAUGUGAGGGUGACGUACUGCUCAGCAUCAACGGCAACAUUAUCACGAGGAUCUCGGACCUGGAUGUGAUGUACUCGCACGAGGAGCUGGACGUGGUGCUGGUGCGCGAGUGCGAGGAGGUCGCGCUGCGGAUCCCGACCGUCGCGGCCGACGACGUCGAGACGACACAUGCUGUCUCCUUUUGCGGCGCAAUCUUCCACGCGCCGCACCACGCCGUCCGCCAGCAGAUCAGCAAGUUGUUCAGCGGCGUCUAUGUCUCGGCCCGCACGCGCGGGUCACCGUCGUAUCAAUACGGUCUGGCCCCGACCAACUUCAUCACGCAUGUCAAUGGCAAGCCGACACCGGAUCUUGACGCCUUUUUGGCUGAGGUAAUCAAGAUUCCGGACAAUACUUACUUCCGGCUCCGGGCCAUGACAUUCGACAGUGUCCCGUGGGUGGUCACGAUGAAGAAGAACGACCACUACUUCCCGACAGUCGAGCUGAUCAAGGACCCAAGCGAGGAGUGCGGCUGGCGGCGCGUCACGUAUGAGGGCGGAAAGGUGAUUGAGGACGAAGAAGGCACGGAUGGUGUGGCCGCGCCUGGGACGGGAGAGGCGAACGACAUGGAGGUGGAGGAGGAAGAGUGA